GACUUUGGGUAUCCUGCCAUUUUUCUGCGCCGACGAACAGCAUUCCAUGCUUGGUUGAGUUCGCCGUUGGACGCGUUCCGCCUCUGUCAGCCCUGCCGGGUUGUUAUCGGGCAAGUAGUGAAAGGUUCGAACCUAGGGCUUUACCUACCCCCAAAAUCCGUUAGGAUCUGCUUAAUUUAUUCAACACGUCUUGGAUGGAGGUUGUUUUGGCAGCAUCUUCUGUUGAUGCUGGUAUUGGCUGAUGGUACCUUCAGUCAGGGGCUGAGCAGCUUCGCUAUAAAACUUGUGCUUCUGCACCUCAUGGCCUCAUUAGGUUGAAACUGGCAAAUUGCUUAAGAAGUGGCAUGCUCAUUAUAGGGCUUUAACUUGUGUAGUAUUUUCUGAGGAUGACUCACUGCUGAUAUCUGGUUCAGAAGAUGGAUGCGUACGAGAUAUUGGACGAUUCAAAAGGCAGAAAACAGGUCAUCUUUAUGAGUAUAGAUUUUUCAGAGCACACCUUACCAGUAACUGACAUUGUAAUUGGUUAUGGAGGAUGCGAUGCAAUUAUAAUUUCUGCUGCAGAGGAUAGGACCUGUAAGGUUUGGAGCUUUUCUAGAGGAACACUACUGAGAAAUAUAGUAUUCCCUUCAAUAAUUGAUGCAAUUGCAUCGGAUCCUGCUGAACAUGUCUUUUAUGCCGGCAGUAGAGAUGGAAAAAUAUUUAUUGCCGGUCUUAUCACUGAAAGGAUCUUCAGUCAGAAUCAUGACAUGUAUAUCAUCGGUUCAUUCUCCAUUCACAUCAAAGCAGUUACUUGCUUAACAUAUAGUGCAAGUGGGAAUUUGUUAAUCUCUGGAUCAGAAGAUGGAACGAUUCGGGUUUGGAAUGCAAGAACUCAUAAUAUUGUCUGCACGUUGAAACAUGAAAAGAAUCAGGGCUCCUCUGCUUUCUGAAAUGGAGAUGGAGAGACUGAAAGUGGAUUGCAAAAGGUCUACCCAAGUGGUUAGCCGAUUCAAGAAAAUGUAUGAAGAUUUGCAAGAGUUCUAUGAAGGUGACUUCUUAAAAAGUGGUCAAACAAAAACUUGAGAUGAAACUAGCAACUAGGUCGCUUCAUGCUUUUAUUUACUCUUUAAAAGUAGAAAUUGUAAGCCAAAGGUGAUUUAUCUAGCGAGUUAUUAUUGGCAAUUUUGCUUCUUCUUGACUUGAGAUGGACCAUUAAAUGUUACAUGUAAAUGGUGAGUUGUUGGUCUACUUAAAUUGUAAAGCACAUAUGUGCUACUGUAGAUGAACAGUUUUUUUU